AUGGGAAACAUCUUCGUCGACCCUGACGAGCGCUCAAGAAAAGUAUCCCUCAUCGAUCUCCAGUCAAUUUCAGUCCUCCCCGCAUUCCUCCAAGCCCAAUGGCCCAUCUUCCUCAAACCCCCGCACAACUACGAUUACGAGAAGGGGAUACAUGCAGUGAAACCGCACGACGAUUUCGACACCCUAGACCCGGACGACAAGACCCUCGCAAUGCGCGAAUGGACCCAAGCAAAGUUAACAAAAGCCUACGAGAUCUCAACCCUGCUCGAGAACAAACCAGCGCACAGAGCCACGAACAUACCCCGCAUCUUCCGCGAGAUAUUCCUUCGAUGCGGCGAAGUCUCCCAAAUAGGCGUCCUGCCUCUUCGUGCAUGCUUGAUAGAACUCUUCCAGAAUUGGUCGGAGCUUGGAUUUUCUAGCGAAUGCCCUUUAUCUUUUACGCAGGCGCAGAUUGAGGCGCACGAUCGGCAAUUCGUAGCGUAUCAGGCUUGGUAUGGGGUUCGGGCUCUUGCGCGGGAAUGCCUUGGCACUGAUGCGGAAGGAUGGGUCGCGCCGGGAUUGGACGUGGGUGAGAAGAGGGCGCAGAAUGAGGAGUUGUUGACUAUGUAUGUUGAGAGCGUUGCUGGGGAGAAAUCUGCGGAUCAGGCGAGGGCCAUGUGGCCUUUUCCGGUUAAGGCAUAG